CCAAGUGCUCUCACCAUGCCGCAUCUGCGACGACAACCACACCCCCACGACUACCGGGAUCAAGGUCCUAAUGGGUCCGGUAGUCUGCGCACUCAAUUCCAGACCCCGCCGUCUCGACAUACGCCGUCAAACCCAACCCAUCGACACCCACCUUCCACAGGACCACAGGAAGUGACACCGGACAUGGCACCCGCUCCUGCACACCCCGCGCAGACCAACCCUUUUUCUAUUUUCAGGAGACCCCGAGGUGAUCAGCAACCCCCGGAGACUGUGGAGGAAGAAGAAGAAGAGGAGGAGGAGGAGGAGCUGGAUGACGAUUAUGAUACGAAUGCACAGGAUGAAGAGCAAAUUGAAUAUGAGGAUGCAAUGGGUGCAGAGGUCCGGUUUGACCCCGAGGAAAGCAUUGAUGCUUCGGGAAACCUUGAUGGCGAGGACGUUGAUGACAUACUCGAGGAUGAGUAUGAUGAGGACGAAGAGGAGCACGAGGACGGCGACGAGGAAAUGCAAGAUCGAGACCGAUCGCCGUCACCACUCCCUCCUAAUCUCCGCGAAAUCUCAUCCCUCGCAUCAUGGACCGUUUCCACCUCCAAACCCGGCUGCGGCGUCGCAGCAUUACGACACCAUUCCCCUGCGCAAUACUGGCAAUCCGACGGACCGCAACCACACACCCUCACCCUCCACUUCUUCAAACUGGUGGCCGUCGUUCGCAUCCGGGUCUACCUCGAUUUCGACCUAGACGAGAGUUAUACACCUACCAAAAUGGUCUUCCUAGCCGGCAUGGGCGGCAACGACCUCGUCGAAUUCGCAACUUGGGAAGGAGACGCCCCAUGCGGCUGGGUCGAUGUACCCCUUGAAGGCGUCGGAGGACGUAACGGAGGCUGGGUACGCGAAGAUAUGGUACGACGCAAACUCCGCUCAAAAAGAACCCGCCGACAAGCAGGGCGUCAUGGCAAAGACACUCGCGGCAAAGGGGAACCCGACGAAGAAGACGACCUCGACGGCGAGGACUACGACGUAGCCGAGGACCCCGAAGAACCAUAUGCGGGCAACGUCCUCAAGGCCAUGGUGAUUCAAAUGCGCGUUAUGGAGAACCACCAGAACGGAAAAGAUACGCAUGUCCGCGGCUUCCAGGUCUUCGCCUGCGAUGAUAAUCGCCGUCGGGUUGCGGCUGCGCCGUCUGCUUCGGCUGAUGGUCGGCAUCGACGACAUAGUGCUCGGCAGUCUCUGCGGGGAGCAAUUCCGGGACUGAUGCAUAGCCGGACGGGGAGUCAGGACGUGGAAACUAGCAGGUUGAUUUCGACUUCGGGUCUGGACGAGCCGGACUGGAUGGGCGAGCCGGUGAUUCGGUGAUCUGGCCGUCCAAAAGUGUUGGGAGUAGCAUUUGAGAUGGCGUUGGUUUGUCUUGGUUUGGAGUUUCUAUGGCUUUCAGAUACCCUAGUCAUUCGCAUUGGAGGCUUGCGCAGCUUUUAUCUUUAUCAAAUCCACAAACAUUACAUCCAAGUAUCACUCUUAUCACGUCUACGAAAUUG